AUGUCACUAAAGAGGAAAAGGACCGAUUUAACCCUUGCCACUAAGUACGAAAUCUACAAGCUUCUGGAUCAGAAAGUAUCACAGUCAGAAAUAGGUCGCCGCUAUGGACUCGUCCAAUCAACGAUAUCUACCAUCUCCAAAAACCAUACAAAGAUCAAAGAAAAUUAUGAAUCUUCUGGAAAUUCGGAGAGAAAACGACAUCGCAGCGGUAAAAACGCACAGCUUGACGAUGCGCUAAAGGAAUGGUUCCAGACAGCACGACAACGCGACAUCCCCAUCAGUGGUCCGAUUCUGCAGGAAAAGGCAAUCAACUUCGCCAAAAGGAUGAAUGUUUCCGACUUCAACGCAAGGGUCCACUUGGCCCCUAAGGUAUUCAGUCGAAGUUGGGACCCUGUUCAUGGAGAAAAGAAAGAUGCAGACAAAGACUCCGCUGAUCGCUGGAUCACCGAUGUUCUUCCGGAGUUAACACGCGAGUAUAGUGCCGAUGAUAUCUACAACGCAGAUGAAACUGGAAUUUACUAUCGUGCCAUACCCGACAGUACCCAUGUAUUCAAGAAUGAGAUUGCCAGUGGAUCAAAGAAAUGCAAAGAUCGCGUAACAGCUUUAGUGUGUGCAAACAUGAGUGGAGAUGACAAGAGGAAACUUCUAAUCAUCGGCAAGAGUUAA